GCCCGCGUUAGACGCCUGCGCACGCGCAUCUUGCUCGCGACUGACACUACUGAAAAAAAAACUAAAGUGUACUGUGAUCACAAGGAAUUAUUUAGCUCUUGAUUAUAUUGGUGCAAUGUGAGUGUGUAUAACACAGACGAUGCACUAGCGCUUCACGAUGCACACGAUGGACACGCUGGGCUACGGACACAAGAAGUACCGGCCCCCCCUCUCCCCCACCAGCUUCUACCAGCCAGACUACUCGCUAUACUCCAGGCAUACGACUUUACGACCACAGAGCGAAUACCGUUUCGCCGGGAGCGGGUACCCUCGCACGUCCAGCAGCAGCAGCAGGAGCGGGGGACUAUGUUCGGCCGCGCUGGUGGGAGGAGCCCUGCUGGCGGCAGUCGCGGUGCUGGCGGUGGCCGCCCUCGCCUUCUACAUGGGAGCCCUGAGGCCAGAUAAUGGACAACCUAUAAUGGCGUUCGAGGGCACGUUUCGAGUGACUCGAGGCGAUGUCUAUGGCGGGGCUCCGGGAAGUCCGGCGUGGCGGGAGCGGGCCAGGCGGUAUAGCUCCUCUCUCAGACAAGUAUACUCCAUCCCCUCCAUCCUGAGGCCCGCCUUCGCUGGGGCCGUCGUCACCGGCUUCGGUGAUAGACGAUUAGAUGUUCACUUUAGAUUAUACCUGGAUAGGAGAAAAAUACCUAGCACUGUAACGAAUAUAGAAGAAAGUUUAAAAAAUAUUCUAGUUCAAGAUUUAUCCUCAAAAAAUCCAGCUUUUGGACAAAUUAAAAUAGACACAUCUAGCAUUACAAUAAAGAGAGACUUGGAGCAUACGUAUCAUUCUGAACAGUACGUCAAAGAGGCUAUGAAUGAAACUGUUUCACAUUCGAAUAACAGCCCAAAGAGCCUAACACCGCAAAAUAAUAAAAGUUCGCCUAGUAGAACUGGGGUCGUAAGGAAAACUACAAUCAAACCAAACCCGGCCCAGAAACACGAUGACCCGGACGAGCCAGUUAUCGACACUGAAAAUAUACCGGUAGUUCAGGGCUCGUUCCAAAUAACUAAAACGGAAGCUGAUAUAACAGAGAACAAACACAGUCCCGGUGCCGCUCACGAAGAAAAGAAUGUUCAUAAACAUUCCUAUCCACCAAAGACUAGUACGACGACGAAAUCGCCAACUACGAAGACCACACGAACUUCCACUACAAAGAGCGUUCCAUCUACUACACUGAAAAAUCGACCGUUCACUAUAAAGUCAUCACUAAGUAUCAAAUCAAAAACCGAAAUUGAAGUAAAUAAGCAGAAUGAGAGAAGUACGCGGAAACCAAUAUCGUCAACAUCGAAAGAAACUUCUACUACAAGUACAACCACUACGAGCCCGUCAACCACUACUGUCACGAGUACUACGCAAAAUGUUUCCCAAAUUUUACUUGAUUUGCUAACAAAUGAAAAUCAUGAUAAAGAUUUACCAAAAAUCGAUACUCUAUUUACGGUGCCCCAUGUAAUAGAUAACGAACCAUGGCGUCCUAUAACUCGGCCUUACUAUGAAACAACGAGUAAAACUUCAACUGCUCCCAUAGAUUUUACUCAGAAGCCUCUACAAGAAGAUCAAAGUGCUAAAGAUAGAAUAGGGGUAGCCGAAGUUGUUGAUGACAUUACCCUGUUAGACAGUUUAUUAACGCCAGAUGAUUCAGAUAAACAAAAAGAACAGAUUUCACCAAAACCGGUUGGUAUUUAUAACGUGGAUCCACAUUUAGCUGCUGAGGUGUAUGUCCCAAGUCCAGUAUAUACUAGUUUCACUUUACCGACAUUCGCUCCUCCUGUUAGAGGUAUGGAAACCUUGGGCUCUAAUUACCCCAAGCCACACCCUCUACCAGUUGAUAAAAUAAGCAGUGUGGUUGAAGUUGCGCCUGAUGACAUCCCUGAUGAUGAUUUUAACGAUGGUAAACCUAUGGAAAGGCCCCCAAAGGAUAAAACAACCUCAGUUACAAUAAAUGUUAUUCAAUACGAUCAACCAGAUAAUAAUACUGAAAAAGUAUCUGUCGAUGGUAUAUCUAUCUUGAAAAAGCAUAAUAGCACCAGUUUUGUUACAAACGUUACCACUGCGAUGGAAGGACUAGUACCAACAGAUACAAUUACCGCGACUCCAUCUACACCCAAAGCACUUUCCAGCACUACAAAACAUGUUACAACCAAUGAACCCAAAAAAGAAAGUACCACUAAACGUCCAAAUAACAAGGUUUCAAUAAUUCCUACUACGGGUGCGCCAAUCCAUACUUGGGAAUUAGUCAAUACAUCUACAAACAACAACGAGUCGGCUAGUAAGAUAUCUCCACAAAAGUACUACAAUGACACACUACAAGCGAUAAUAACGAAAAAUGAUGCAAUGACUCCUAAUACCACACCAAAGUUUACAAAUAAGAUUUCUAUCAUAAAGAACUUAACAGACAUCAUUAACCAUCAUUCAGAAGAUCCCGUCGAAGUAACUAGCAGCAAACCUACAGAAAAAGAACAUAUUCCUGAGGAAAUAGAAAACGAAAGAUUGAAUACUGAAAUGAGAGGAUCAGUAGAAGUAGUUUCUGAUGAAGAGCUUGAAACCACAACACCACGCAUUAUAACGCUAAUGCCUGCUAAAUCUAACGUUGGCUGGAAUCGCCCCUUACGACCUAAGCCUAAAAUAGAGGCUUUGGUAACAAAAGACACUUUAAAACCAAUGUCACAUUCUCAAAAUAAUACACAAAUCAAUAAACAAUCUAGUGUACUUGAAUUAGAUAAAACUGUAAGUAAUUCUUCAGAAACUAAAGAAAGUGCGUUUUUUCGAAGCAAUAAUAAAAUAAGACCUGGAACAUACCCAAGCGGAAACAGAUUGCCAAAGUCAAGUGAUCAUUUAUUUGAUCAAGCUGCAGCUAGUAACUUGGUUAAUGUUAUGAUAAAGCACAAUAAAACCAACAUACCAGAAGGUACAUACAGAGUGGCCUAUCAUGUAACAGGUAGUGUAAGUAGUAAAAAAGCUAACAAAACUGAACCCCUCCCUGCUUACGAACUUGCUUUAGAACCAGACGUUGUACUCGAAAUUCCUGUAAACCAAUCAAGUUCUUUGACUAUAGAUAAGCUUAAACAACUCGCUAAUCUUGCUACCAUAUCCGACUCCUAUAACUCUAGUUUAUUUCGGGCACCAGGAGAGGUAAUAUCGACCAAGGCAAUACCGUCUAGUUACACGUUAAACCAAGCGGGCUUUAAAAUAUUGACUAAAACAUACAACAAAAUUCAUGGAUCAAAAGACGACACCAAAAGUAUUAGUAAGCCAGAAAAAACUUACGAAAAACCUGCAGUAUUGAAACUAACAACCGAAAAAUAUAUUAUCGUAGAAUCAGAAAAAGAGGAAUGUAACAACGCAACAUCAUUUGUCUGUUCUAAUGGAGCGUGUAUUCCGAUUACUUCUCGCUGCAAUCGGCUCAUUGACUGCCCGGAAGGUGAAGACGAGCGCUUGUGUAACUGUGCCGAUUACCUGAGAGCUGAAUUUUCGCAAGCCAAGAUUUGUGACGGCUUCGUUGAUUGCUGGGAUUACUCGGAUGAGAAUAAAUGCGAUUGGUGCAAAGAAGGGCAAUUUGUGUGCGCAAACGCUCGUCAGUGCGUCAACAUGACCAACGUCUGUGACGGCACGCCAGAUUGUCCUCUCGGCGACGAUGAGAAGAGUUGUGUGGCUUUGGGCGAUGAAAUAGAAAGCAAUGAAGUGAUACCUUAUCAUGAAGAAGGUUUUGUGAUGGUUCGCAAGCGUGGUGUUUGGGGAAGACUGUGUGUCGAAAGCUUCGAGGAUGUCGUGGCUCAAGCGCACAGCUCUCUGAAACUGCCGGACUUGGGUAGAGCGAUAUGUAGAGCUAUGACGUACCAGGACUCACCGUGGGUGCGAGAAGCGAGGGAAGGUAGGAAGGUGAGCUCGGUGGGCUACUGGGAGGUGUGGCACAACAAGAACGCGCGCGCGGCGGACACGCGGCUCACGUUCAAGCGGUCCACCUGCGCCAGGCACCGCGCGCUGCGGAUCAGGUGCAAGGACCUCAGCUGUGGCAUUCGACCGCACGCCGAUGUGCAACAACCCAGGCGUGUAACUCACUCGCGGUGGGGCAGGGUGGUGGGCGGCGGCGGCGCGGCGGCGGGCGCGUGGCCGUGGCAGGCAGCGCUGUACCGCGACGGCGACUUCCAGUGCGGCGCCACACUCGUCGCCGACCAGUGGCUGCUCUCCGCCAGCCAUUGUUACUACCAAGCUACCGAAGCGCACUGGGUGGCUCGUCUAGGAGCGUUAAGGCGAGGGGCGUGGCCGCGCGGGCCGUGGGAGCGAGUGACGCGCGUGCGACAGAUCGUGUUGCACCCGCGAUACGCCGCGCACGGCUUCCGCAACGACAUCGCGCUGCUGCGUAUAGACCCUGUGGCGUUACACGCGCGGCUGCGACCCGCCUGCCUGCCGCCGGCCCGCCUGCCGCCCCCCGCGGGGAAGCACUGCACCGUCGUUGGCUGGGGACAGCUGUACGAGCAUGAGAGAGUCUUCCCGGACACGCUACAAGAGGUGGAGCUGCCCGUGAUCUCUACGGAGGAGUGCCGUCGUCGCACGCGGCUGCUGCCGCUGUACCGCGUCACGGACGACAUGUUCUGUGCGGGCUACGAGCGCGGCGGCCGGGACGCCUGUUUAGGUGACUCCGGGGGACCGCUCAUGUGCCAGGAGGACGACAGAUGGUACAUCUACGGCGUGACGAGCAACGGGUACGGCUGCGCGCGCGCCAACCGGCCCGGCGUCUACACGAAGGUGUCCAACUACAUCGAGUGGAUCGACAGCGUGCUCGCCUCCCACACGCCCGCCAGAAACACGACGACGUACGACGAAUCCGACGAGGGAUUCUACGACGACCUCGAAGUCGCGGAGAACAGACGAUUCAACAGCUUCGACACCUGUCGAGGCUUCAGGUGCCCGCUAGGCGAGUGCCUCCCCUCGUCGAGCCGAUGCAACGGCUUCAUAGAGUGCGCCGACGGAAGCGACGAGUGGAACUGCUCCAAAAACUCCAUCAACUCCACCAAACUAAACCCCGAUUAGGUUCACUAGCGACUAUAUUUAAAUACGAAAUUCUGACUGAUACAUUGUAAGUAGGUUAAGUUUAGUACUCGACUAGCAAAUCGUUUUUUUUCUCGCAGAAACAACUUUGCCAUAUGUCUUGGGCCUGUAAAUAUAGCUUUAAUUAUUUUCUAAGCCCGAUUUGUAUUAUCAGUGCGUUAAACUAUUUAUUAAAACAUGGAAUACCUUUUUCGUUUGAAACGACUCUUCGAAUGGACGAUGUAGGCCAUGAAUAAAAACAUUCUACAUAA